AUGGGAAGUAUCAUUCAAGAAAUCGAGUCUACAGUGGACGCUAAGAGACUGUGGAAAGUCUUUAGGGAUGAGGGCAGUAUUAUCCUUAUGAAGCGAGCAGCAGACAUUUUCAAAAGCAUCACUUCCCUGAAAGGCGAAGGGGGUGUAGGAAGCAUCAAACAAAUCAAUUUCACUCCUGAGAUCGAGGAUUCCAGCUGGCUAAAGCUGAAAUUGGAGGAAGUGGACGAGGAGAACUUUGGGCACCGCUACAGUCAUGUGGAAGGAGGACUUCUGGGAUUAAAAGUGUCACCUGCCACAUACGAAUUCAAAUUCACCCCAAAAGCUGAGGGAGGGUGCGUUUUCAGCUAUGUAGCCCAUUUUGAUAGCCUUCCGGGCGAUCCUGAGGACGAGGAGAAAGUGAAGGAGAUUAAGGAAAUGAUCAUUAUUCUGUUCAAGAAGAUCGAGGCAUAUCUCAUCGACAAUCCCGAUUUGUACUGUUAA